AGAGGAACCAGAACCUCUGCAGAUGAAACUGGAGCAAGAGGAACCAGAACCUCAACAGUUCACAGAGGAAGAGAAGCAACUCUGCAUCAGUCAGGAUAAAGUACAGCUUAUGGUGAAACAGGAGACUGAUGACAUGUUGGUGAACAAACAGAAAGGCAAAACUGAGACUUCAAAACAAAAAAAGCACAAGAAAGCUCACCCAAACCAAAAACUAUAUUCUUGUAAAAUUUGUGACAAAACCUUUUCUCGAAAUAAUACCUUGACAACACACAUGACAACUCACACAGCUAAGAAACCUUUCACAUGUUCAACCUGUGGAAAACAUUACCCUCACAAGAGUACUUUGAUUUAUCACAUGAGAAGUCAUACAGGGGAAAAACCGUACACAUGUACAGCUUGUGGAAAAAGUUUCCAUCGAAUCAGCUCUUUAAACAGACACAUGAAAACACACUCGGGUGAGAGGCCUUACACGUGCACAACCUGUGGAAAAAGUUUUAUGACUAAAUAUCAGUUACUUGAUCACAUGGCAAUUCACACUGGUGAGAAGCCUUUCUCUUGUGGGACCUGUGGAAAAAGUUUCCGGAGAAAAAUUGACUUGGUUAGGCACAUCAGAGUUCACACAGGUGAGAAGCCUUUCUCUUGUGGGACCUGUGGAAAAAGUUUCACUCUUAAAAUAAAUUUAAAUCUUCACAUGAAAAUUCACACCGAGAAGCCUUUCUCAUGUGGAACCUGCAGAAAAAGUUUCACUCAAAAAAGAAAUUUAACUACUCACAUGAGAUUUCACACGGGUGAGGGGACUAUGUCUUGUGGCACCUGUGGAAGACAGUGCUUGUGUAAAUCUAAGUUAGUUGAGCACAUGAGAACUCACACAGGUGAGAAACCUUUCUCAUGUGGGACCUGUGGAAAAAGUUUCUCUAGUAAACACAGUUUAAAUCUUCACAUGAGAACUCACACUGAUGAGAAGCCUUUUUCAUGCAAGAUCUGUGGGAACAUUUUCACUUAUAAAAAUAGCUUAACUGCUCACAUGAGAAUUCACUCAGUUUCAAGCUGUUCUCAUGUGGGACCUAUGGAAAAUGCUUAGUUUUCAGAUCUGUUUUACUUCAUCACAUGAGGUAAUGUCAUGUGAUGAAGUAAUGUGCAAUCUGUGGAAAAAGUUUUGCUCAAAAAUACUAUUUAACUUCUCACAUCAGAAUUCACACAUGUGAGAAGUAGCGGGUGUACUGAUUUAUCAGCCAGCCGAUUAAUCCAUGUUUAUUUCCUUAAUUUUGGGACAUCAGCUGAUUCUUGCAUGUGAAGCUGGUCUGAUCCCCCAAUUUUAUUGACCUCAGCCACUGCUCUCUUCUGCUCUCCGUUGAGAGGUGUGACUAUUGGAGCGCCCCAAAA